UGAAUUCUUUUAGGAAAUAAUCAGCUGAUCGGCGAGAUGGUUCCCCGGGGAGACGCCUUAUCUGCAGCAAGUUGAAUCUGAGACCUUGUGAUAAGCUGUAAUUGUUUAAUAAGAUUUGUGUCAUCCUAAUUGGUUGUAUCAACAAUGCCACUACAAAGCUUUGUGAAGGUGCUGGAAAGUUAUCGGGGCAGAGAGAAGACCAUGCGGACUCUCCAGUAUGGCCUUCUGCUUAUCAGUCCUCUUGCAUCAGAAAGGGUUGGGGAAUCAUUCAAGAUCCUCAGUUCUCAGCUGGGAAUGACAAGAGUAGUGCUAAGACUCUUUGAUGAUCUCCCAAUGCUGCAGUAUAGUUUAUCAACAGGCACUGGUCAUAAGGAUGAAGAUGUAAUAGUAAGGACUUUAAGGGUCUUGAACAAUGUUGUUGACCAAAUUUACUACCCGGUGAGCAUUUUGCCUGGGCGAGAGACAUGAAAAUGGUUAGAGGAAACUCAGCACUCUUUGGAAUGCAUCUUUAGUUUUAUGGGGACUUUCACUUUUACUAACAAUAAUAAGGUCUCUCAGACAAGUAUCUCUUAUAAGACAGCAGAGAAAAGGAGCUAACAGGGACAGGAU